AUGUAUCACGCAUCCAUCGCCCUAGGUGCACUUGAUCUGAGCAGGAAGACGCUAUCAACCCUACCUCUGGAGAGGAGAGAUGCGACUGUUGGAGCAUUAACUGCCUACCACACGUCGAUCGCCCAAUUGAAAACCGAAAUUCUAAGCAACAGCGUGCCACGAGACGUCAGUUUAUGGACUACGUUUUACUUGGGGCUGUUCGAACUGAUGCAUGAUAUGACUGGAGAAGGUUGGGUGAAGCAUUUUCUGUACGGCACGUCCAAUAUGCUUCAGCUUCGUGGUCCAGAAGCCCAUAUAUCUGGCUCUGGGCGGUCAUUUUUCCUCACAGUGCGAGUCUUUGAGAUUUGCCGCGCUCUCAUAUACCCUGAACCUACCUUUCUCUGCCGGCCGGAAUGGAUGUCACUCACAACUAAUAUCUGGAACGAGGAUCUCAACAACGACUGGCACCCCAAGGAAUCAUUGUUUGAUCUGAUGAUCACCUGUUCUUCGAUAAGUCACCGGCAAGUACACUCGCAGGCCCUCUACAUGUUAUUCAUGCUCCUUCACGAGGCCCUUCUUGAGGUUGCCGCUGAAGGCUUCGUUGUUCGGUCAGCUCUUGGUGAUUGGUAUGCGACCUUCCAAAAGUGGUCGGCCGAUACUGGUACGCCCGCACAUAAUCCCCAGUCCGUUCUCGCAACAAUAUAUUUUCACAGCAUCUCCAUCUACCUGUCUGGAAUCUUCGACUACCGCGCUCAAUUCAACGACAUACCCGCACCCACAAUCUCACAAGUCGUUGUGCAGAAACACGUCGAUGCGAUUCUACGGAUGACUGAGAUCUGUUUGAAGACCACAAAUUUGGCGGCUGUGCUGUUUUUCUUCCCAUUGAGAGUAGCAGGCGCAAGAGUAACAGCCGCUUCAGAGACAGAGUCAAUUCAUGCGAUGUUUCGAGACAUUUCGACAAGGGGUUUCGUCGUUGCAGAUGCAUUCAUGGCAGAUCUGAAGUCUCUAUGGCGCCGAAAAGGAAUAUAA